AUGGAGGCAACAGCACAGGGUGUACCUGUGGGAAACUCCUCCAGCGAAUUCACCCCAGCAUCACCAGCCGCUUUUUCAACAUCAUCCCGAACUCUCACCCCAGACUCGCUCCGCUCAAUUCAAACUUAG